UCUUACUUUAUCACAUAUCACAUAAAAAAAGUUUAUAGGUAUCUAGCAUGGAUUUGUGAUAACAUUCCUUUCAGAAGAUAAUGUGUAAGGUUUUCAAACAAGAAUAUCAUUAAGAGUCACUUGGCGAUGGGGGUGUGUCUUCAGAGGAAUCAAGUCCAAGCCUACAUAAUGAAACGUGACCUAAACAUUUCAGUAAAGACAGAGAUUCAUCCUGACAUGUUUCUCUACAGAGACACCAAGAGAAGUAGAAAACUGUAAGCUCUUCUGGCUGAUAAAGGGAUUGGUAGGUGAGUGAAGUACGGUCAAUAGUAAAAUGUCAAACAUUAAUAGAUUGUAUUUUUACAUUUUUUUGUGUAGACUGAAACCUACUGUUUUGCUACUGUUUUUCUGAAACAGGAACAAUUUGUUCAGAGCAGCAAAAUGCAGAAUCGGACUGAACUUUCUGUCAACGAAACUUCCCCAAAAGGUUUCUCUGUAAUCAUCAAGGUGUGUGUGGUAAUCCCGUUUUUCUGCGUCUUCCUGUGCUUCAUCGCUGUCAUGCUGCAGAUCUUUGCCUCUCACAGACAGUUUUUGGACACUUCCCGUUACAUCCUGUUUGCACACAUGCUGAUCAACGACACCCUGCAGAUCCUUUCCUCUGUGCUACUCUUCCUCUGUGUGAUGGGUCAGGUCAAGUUACCUCUUCUGUUCUGUGUCCCUCUGCUCUUUGUAUCUACCGGUACCUUUCUGAACACCACUUUGAUCCUGGCUGCCAUGUCACUGGAGCGUUAUGUUGCCAUUUUCUAUCCUCUGCAGCGCCCAGCCUCCUGGCGCUCAGAUCGCAUCUGGAUCAAUAUUCUGCCUCUGUGGAUAAUCAGCUUCACAUUCCCCAUAAUUGAGUUUUUCAUCGGGAAGUACAGUCCCAAUGUAGAUGUCCUUUUUACAAACAUGCUUUGCAAAGCUACUAUUAUUAACUCAUCCCUAAUCCAGGGACUGUAUCGGCUUGUCGUGUAUGUUCUUUUUUUUGCAGUGGUAAGUGUUAUCAUCCUCUUCACUUAUGUGAGGAUUGUGAUGGAAACCAGGAAGAUGCGGCAGGACAGAGCUUCAGUGAGCAAAGCCAUGCACACUGUGCUGCUGCACGGCUUCCAGCUGCUGCUCUGCUUGCUGGCUUUCACUCUGCCCAUCUCUGAAACUCUCAUUGUGCCCCACACAAACUGGCUGGCUGAGGAUGUCGCCUUUUUUAAUUAUUUCUGUUUCAUCCUGAUCCCUCGCUUUCUCAGCCCGCUAAUUUAUGGCUUCAGAGAUCAGAGUCUGAGAAAGCACAUUGAGAACAGAUUCCUCUGCUGCUCAAAGAAAAGAAAACCCUUUUUCAAAUAGUGACUCGGAUUUCAUUUUAAUAAUGUUCUAUAUUCCUAUACAAUCAUGGUUGGUGCAGGUCCUGAAACUGGAUAGAUGCAACUCAAAGAUGUUUUUUCAGAGGUACUGGUGCUCAUUAACCCAAGGACCGCAUUCUCUACUGUGCACUCAGAUGGGGGUGGGAAACAUC